AUGGUGGCCUACGGCGAGACGGUGGCGACGGCCAAGGAGAACGCCGUCUACACUCCGCCCUCCGAGUUCAUCGACUAUGAAGGGCUGAAGGAGGAGGUGUACCGGGCACCGUCAGCCGAGGCGGCGUCGCUGCUCACACACAUCAGCGGCGGCUCGGCGGCCAAGCGAGGAGAGCGCUUCAUCAGCCAGCUUCAGGCCGAGAUGGACAAGGCGUCGCGCCACGUCCGCGCGCGCGUCUCCGUGAUCGUCGGCAUCCUCGCCAACGUGCUGCGCGAGGCCGGCAAGGCAGAGCCCGCGUCGGUGGAGCUCGCCCGCCUCACCCAGGUGACGGAGGAUGCGAGCGCUCAGAUCGUCGAGCUGAUGAAGUACGUCGAGAUUUGCCGGACGGCGUGCCGCAAGGCGACCAAAAAGUUCGACAAGGUGCAGCGGACCUCGCUCGGCAGCUGGCUGGUGGCGCAGCUCGCACUGCAGCCCUUUUGCAACGUGUGCCUCGAGCCGCUGAUCGUCAUGCUCUCCGACGGGUUCGCCUCGCUCCGCGCCGCGUCCAACCCGCCCAAGACCGACGCCGAGCGCAGCACCACAAAGUACUGGGUCAAAAAGGAGAACCACCUCUCCAUCCUCAUCAUGGGCCGCACGCCCCCCACGCUCGCCCUGGCGGCGGAGGAGGCGCCGGUCCUGAUGCAUCACGCCCAGGCCAUCUACUCCAAGUUCUACGAGGGCACGUCGGUCCUCUCGUGGAUCACCUCCCUCUACCUCGACUCGCUCUCCUUCCGCCAGUACCACGAGCGCCUCGCGCGCGACGACGGGGCGAACCUCUUCCGUCUGCGCUGCCGCUCACCUAACCCGGAGCAGGCGGGCACAGUCUACGUCGAGCGCAAGACGCACCGCUCCAAGGACUCUGGCGAGAAGUCGACCAAGCAGCGCCUCCCCAUCGCGCCGUCUGCUGUGCGCGACUUGCUGCACCCGGAGCGGGCACUCGACGUUGCCGCGCAGCUCGACGCGCAGCUCGCCGCGGGGGCGAUCUCCGAGAAGCAGCGCGACAAGGGGGUGGCGCUGGGCGCCGAGGUGCAGGCGGCGCUGGCGGAGCGAGGGCUGCUCCCUGCCGCCUCUGACUCGAACAGCGUCCGCCUCACCCUCGACUCCAACCUCUCGCUGAUCAAGGAGGCCCUCGCCCUCGGCGAUGCGGAGGCCCCCGCAGGGGUGCACGAGUGGUGCCGCAACCUGUCAGAGCCGCUCGACCCGGCCCACAUCCUCCCCUUCCCCUUCGCGGUGCUGGAGGUCAAGCUGCAGGACGAGGCUCCAGCGUGGGAGCUGCUCGCGUCGGAGCUGCUCCUCCCGAUGGCCAAGUUCUCGAAGUACCUGACGGGGUGCGCGGCGCUGCACACCGGCGCGGUGGAGACGCUGCCGUACUGGUUCGAGGAGCCCGCCGUCGAGGAGGCGCUGGCCAGCCAGCCUGUGAACGGCGUCCCUUCACGGGAGCCCGCCGUCAAGGAGGCGCUGGCCAGCCAGCCUCUCGAGGGCGCGAGCUACUCCCUCGCCGCAGUCCGCGACUGGGCGCCGGCGGCAGAGCUCGAUGAGGCUCAGCGCAGGCAGCUGCCGCACAACCCGCAGUCUGGGAGGGAGGGAGUGGGGCAGCUGCCCAACCUCCUCAAGGACGUCAGUGGCCGCAGCGACGGUACCUUCCGCACGGAGCGGACAGCCUCGCUCCGCUCGACGCCGCACUCGUCUCGCAGCAUGUCUCGCCACAACUCCUUCUCGCGCCUGGAGUGCGGGCUCCUCGGCGCCGGCGCCACCAGCGAGAGCAGGGCGCACGUGGCUGCCGACGGUGGCCACCUCGACUCAGCGCAACGCUUAUCUUUCGGUGAGCGAGUACGUGCUGCCGAGUGGAUGAAGACGGUGGCGCCGGCGGCGAAGGCGGGCUCGUCGCCGCUCAACGCGCGCUCCGUCACGGCGGGCGGCGGCGUUGCCGCCAAGCAGGCGGUGCCGCCAGAGUCGGCGCCGUCAGAGACGGUGACGGUGCCGUCAGGCCCGCGGCGCACGCGCUCGUGGAGCUUCGACGGCUCGUGGAGCUUCGCGCUCCCCUCCUUCAGCCACCUCGGCUCCGCCUCCGCCGGGGGGACGCAGACCGCGUGGAGCCGGAUGGUGGACGGCGACCCGACGGCGGGCAAGCGCGUCGCACGGAGCCCCGCCGCCCGCAUGGAGCCCAAGACGUUCUUCGCGAACGAGCGCACCUUCACGUCGUGGCUGAGCGCGGGCAUGUUGCUCCUGUCGGUCGGCAUCGCAAUCACCGAGCUUGAGGACGACAUGGAGGACAUGGACGGCCACACCGACGUGGCGGGCGCGGAGCAGGACGGCGGCGGCCUGAUGAUCAUGCGCUCGGCGCUGCUGCUGCUGUGCCGCUGA